CCCCUCGAGGAAUUGGACAGGCCGCUGAUUGACGCAUCGUUGUGCACAUUGUGCUGCGCUACAACACUAUUGAGCUUGCAGGAAGAGAUUGAACGGCUUGAUCUCCAGCAUCAUGUAAUGGCCCUCACCAUCCAGGGGAAAUCCUGCCUCUGCCCUAAGGACGAGGGCGCCCACAGCGUUCUUGAUCUUGGCACCGGAACAGGCAUCUGGGCCAUGGAGUACGCGGAUGCCCAUCCCGAAGCCGAGGUUAUUGGCGUUGAUCUUAGCCCCGUUCAACCACUUUUUGUGCCGCCGAAUUGUUCUUUCGAGAUUGACGACCUCGAGAAGGAGUGGACAUGGACGAAAAAGUUCGAUUUCAUUUUCAGCCGAAUGAUGACUGGGAGUUUCGCCGACAACAGGAGCAUCGUCGAGAAAGUUUUCAAUCAACUAGAGCCUGGCGGCUACUUCGAAGCGCAGGACAUGGUGGUCCCGCUCGGCUGCGAUGACGGGACACUCAGCGAAGAUGCGCCCCUCUCGCGCUGGCUAAAAGCGGUGAUGGAGGGCAUGGUGAAUAUGGGCAGGCCGCUACUAUCAUCCUCGAAGCAGCAGUGGAAGGACCUGAUGGAGGAUGUCGGGUUCGAGGAUGUGUGCCACGCUGUCUACCGCUGGCCCACAAACCGCUGGCCACGCGACCCGUACUAUAAGGAGCUGGGCGCGUGGUCUCUCGAAGCCCUGGACGCCGCCCUCGAGGGCUCCUCGCUCGCCCCCCUCACUCGCGGCCUGGGCUGGACCAAGGAGGAGGUUCUCGUCCUUGUUGCCCAGGCGAGGAAGGACAUACGGAACCCCAGGAUCCAUGCUUACUGGCCCAUACAUAUUGUAUACGGGCGCAAGCCACUCAGUCCAAAGGCGGCCGAAAAGUCACCGUCCCCAGAGCCUGUGCCGUCGUCUCCAGCCCCUGCGACGUCGUCUCCAGCCCCUGCGCCGGCGUCUCCUGCAGAUGGCACCUCGACUGCCGCUGUACCCUAGGUUCAAGAUCGCAAGUUCCGUUUGGGUAUCCUGAUUUUCCAAUUACUUUUUCUUUGGAUAUUUUCGCUAGCCGAAGCCAGAGGCGGGGCCUUUCCCGCGCGACGAAUAACGAGCUAUAUGAUGUUAAUGUACCAUGCACACAAUCAUGGUGUUCGGCAAGCAUCAGCCGAGGAUAUUUAUGCCACGUCAUGCCUUCCCAUUAUACAUGCCCCCAUUCUCUAUCCAUGAUCAAUUACGAAACCGAAAACAAAUAGUCGUGUCUCUCACUCUUUCAGUCUUCACGCUAGCCUUAGGUAGCACCACGUCCUGGAGCUUGAUCGUUUGCUCGUAUUUUGCUCGUUUGGGAAACGAGCCCCAACAGC